AUGAGUACCUCCUGGGACCUUCUAGCAGCAUCCUGGGAUGAGUACCUCCUGGGACCUCCUAGCAGCAUCCUGGGACGAGUACCUCCUAGCAGCAUCCUGGGACGAGUACCUCUUAGCAGCAUCCUGGGACGAGUAUCUCUUAGCAGCAUCCUGGGACGAGUAUCUCUUAGCAGCAUCCUGGGACGAGUACCUCCUAGCAGCAUCCUGGGACGAGUACCUCCUAGCAGCAUCCUGGGACGAGUACUUCUUAGCAGCAUCAUGGGACGUGUACCUCCUAGCAGCAUCAUGGCAUCCUGGGACGAGUACCUCCUAGCAGCAUCCUGGGAUGAGUACCUCCUGGGACCUCCUAGCAGCAUCCUGGGAUGAGUACCCCCUGGGACCUCCUAGCAGCAUCCUGGGAUGAGUACCUCUUAGCAGCAUCCUGGGACGAGUAUCUCUUAGCAGCAUCCUGGCACGAGUACCUCCUAGCAGCAUCCUGGGACGAGUACUUCCUAGCAGCAUCCUGGGACGAGUACCUCUUAGCAGCAUCCAGGGACGUGUACCUCUUAGCAGCAUCCUGGCACGAGUACCUCCUAGCAGCAUCCUGGGACGAGUACGUCUUAGCAGCAUCAUGGGACGUGUACCUCCUAGCAGCAUCAUGGGAUCCUGGGACGAGUACCUCCUAGCAGCAUCCUGGGACGAGUACCUCUUAGCAGCAUCCUGGCACGAGUAUCUCCUAGCAGCAUCCUGGCACAAGUAUCUCCUAGCAGCAUCCUGGCACGAGUACCUCCUAGCAGCAUCCUGGCACGAGUACCUCCUAGCAGCAUCCUGGGACGAGUACUUCUUAGCAGCAUCCUGGGAUGAGUAUCUCCUAGCAGCAUCCUGGGAUGAGUAUCUCCUAGCAGCAUCCUGGGAUGAGUACCUCCUAGCAGCAUCCUGGGACGAGUACCUCCUAGCAGCAUCCUGGGACGAGUACCUCCUAGCAGCAUCCUGGGACGAGUACCUCCUAGCAGCAUCCUGGGACGAGUACCUCCUCUCGGUAUCAGAGGUGGCUUUGCCAGGAAGCAAUAUUUAA